AUGGCGUUCCGCAGGAGGAACAAGACCUACCCGUUCUUCAGCCAAGAGUUCCUGAUCCAGAACCACGCGGACAUCGUCUUCACUCUGCUCAUUUUUAUCCUGAUCGGGCUGAUGUUCGAGGCCACUGCCAAGACGGCCAUUUUGUUCAUCCAGCCACAGUACAACGUCACCACACUGUUGGCAGACGGAGAGCUGAGUGUGUAUCAUUACGGAGUGAAGGACUGGGCUGCUGUGCUCUUCUACAUCUUCAUCGUCAUCAUCCUCCACGCUGUGGUUCAGGAAUAUCUGCUGGACAAGGUGAACAGACGUCUUCAUCUUUCCAAAAGUAAAAACACAAAGUUUAAUGAGUCUGGACAGCUGUGUGUGUUCCACCUGGUGUCGAGCGUGUGGAGCCUCUACGUCCUGCUCUCCGAGGGAUAUCUGUUACAUCCCAGCAGCCUUUGGGAAAACUAUCCUCACGUACAUUUAAGGUUCCAGGUGAAGUUCUUUUACCUCACACAGUUAGCUUACUGGCUACACGCGCUACCAGAGCUGUACUUUCAGAAAGUCAGAAAGGAGGAGAUCCCGCGGCAGCUGCAGUACAUCAGCCUCUACCUGCUGCACAUCGCUGCUGCGUACCUGCUGAACCUCAGUGGAGUGGGUCUCUACAGUUGGGUUGUGUGUGUUGUGUGUCCACAGCCUCACAGUGGGUCCUCAGUCCUGUUGUAUAGUGUGUGUUGUGUGUCCACAGCCUCAGUGGACAGCCUCAGUGGAGGGUUCUGUCCCAUGUCGCCCGGCGCCCAGUGUUCCGCUGACGACCUCCACCGCGUCAACGCUGAGAUCGAGCUCUUUGACGUGAGCGAAACGGCCGAGAGGCUGGAGGCUGUGGCUGCGGAGAUGGACCUGAAGAAGGCCAGCGUGUACCAGCUGGUCCGGACCAUGGAGCACAGCCACCUCUCCACACGCCCACAAGAGGAGGCGAUAAAGGAGGUGAUAAAGGAGGAGGCCGUGGCCUCUGCAGGCUCCGCCCCCAGUGCGGCCUCUGCAGGCUCCGCCCCCAGUGCGGCCUCUGUAGGCUCCGCCCCCAGUGCGGCCUCUGCAGGCUCCGCCCCCAGUGCGGCCUCUGUAGGCUCCGCCCCCAGUGCGGCCUCUGUAGGCUCCGCCCCCAGUGCGGCCUCUGCAGGCUCCGCCCCCAAUGUGUGCGACCCAGAUGUGUGCGACCCAGAUGUGUGCGACCCAGAUGUGUGCGACCCAGAUGUGUGCAACACAGAUGUGUGCAACACAGAUGUGUCGGACCCAGAUGUGUGCGACCCAGAUGUGUGCGACCCAGAUGUGUGCGACCCAGAUGUGUGCGACCCAGAUGUGUCGGACCCAGAUGUGUGCGACCCAGAUGUGUCCGACCCAGAUGUGCGCGACCCAGAUGUGCGCGACCCAGAUGUGUGCGACCCGGAUGUGCGCGACCCAGAUGUGUGCGACCCAGAUGUGUGCGACCCAGAUGUGUGCAACCCAGAUGUGUGCGACCCAGAUGUGUGCGACCCAGAUGUGUGCAACACAGAUGUGUGCGACCCAGAUGUGCGCGACCCAGAUGUGUGCGACCCAGAUGUGAGCGACCCAGAUGUGUGCAACCCAGAUGUGUCCGACCCAGAUGUGUGCGACCCAGAUGUGAGCAAACCAGAUGUGUGCGACCCAGAUGUGUGCGACCCAGAUGUGUCGGACCCAGAUGUGUGCGACCCAGAUGUGUGCGACCCAGAUGUGUCCGACCCAGAUGUGUGCGACCCAGAUGUGUGCGACUCAGAUGUGUCCGACCCAGAUGUGUGCGACCCAGAUGUGUGCGAACCAGAUGUGAGCGAACCAGAUGUGUGCGACCCAGAUGUGUGCGAACCAGAUGUGUGCGACCCAGAUGUGUGCGACCCAGAUGUGUCGGACCCAGAUGUGUGCGACCCAGAUGUGAGCGAACCAGAUGUGUGCAACCCAGAUGUGUCCGACCCAGAUGUGUCCGACCCAGAUGUGCGCGACCCAGAUGUGUGCAACCCAGAUGUGUGCGACCCAGAUGUGUGCGACCCAGAUGUGUGCGACCCAGAUGUGUGCGACCCAGAUGUGUGCGACCCAGAUGUGUGCGAACCAGAUGUGAGCGAACCAGAUGUGUGCGACCCAGAUGUGUGCGAACUAGAUGUGUGCGACCCAGAUGUGUCCGACCCACAUGUGUCCGACCCAGAUGUGUGCGAACCAGAUGUGUGCGACCCAGAUGUGUCCGACCCAGAUGUGUGCGACCCAGAUGUGUGCGACUCAGAUGUGUCCGACCCAGAUGUGUCCGACCCAGAUGUGUCCGACCCAGAUGUGCGCGACCCAGAUGUGCGCGACCCAGAUGUGUGCGACCCAGAUGUGUCGGACCCAGAUGUGUGCGACCCAGAUGUGAGCGAACCAGAUGUGUGCAACCCAGAUGUGUCCGACCCAGAUGUGUGCGACCCAGAUGUGUGCGACCCAGAUGUGUCGGACCCAAAUGUGUGCGACCCAGAUGUGUGCGACCCAGAUGUGUGCGAACCAGAUGUGACGAACCAGAUGUGUGCGACCCAGAUGUGUGCGAACCAGAUGUGUGCGACCCAGGAUGUUUCCGACCCAGAUGUGUCCGACCCAGAUGUGUGCGACCCAGAUGUGUGCGACCCAGAUGUGUGCGACCCAGAUGUGUGCGACCCAGAUGUGUGCGACCCAGAUGUGUGCGACCCAGAUGUGUGCGACCCAGAUGUGAGCGACCCAGAUGUGUGCGACCCAGAUGUGUCGGACCCAGAUGUGUGCAACCCAGAUGUGAGCGACCCAGAUGUGUGCGACCCAGAUGUGCGCGACCCAGAUGUGCGCGACCCAGAUGUGUCGGACCCAGAUGUGUGCGACCCAGAUGUGUGCGACCCAGAUGUGUGCGACCCAGAUGUGUGCGACCCAGAUGUGUCCGACCCAGAUGUGUGCGACCCAGAUGUGUCCGACCCAGAUGUGUGCGACCCAGAUGUGUCCGACCCAGAUGUGAGCGACCCAGGUGUGUGCGACCCAGAUGUGUGCGACCCAGAUGUGUGCGACCCAGAUGUGUGCGAACCAGAUGUGUGCGACCCAGAUGUGUCCGACCCAGAUGUGUGCGACCCAGAUGUGUGCGACUCAGAUGUGCGCGACCUAGAUGUGUCGGACCCAGAUGUGUCCGACCCAGAUGUGUGCGACCCAGAUGUGUCCGACCCAGAUGUGUGCGACCCAGAUGUGUGCGACCCAGAUGUGUCCGACCCAGAUGUGUGCGACCCAGAUGUGUCCGACCCAGAUGUGAGCGACCCAGGUGUGUGCGACCCAGAUGUGUGCGACCCAGAUGUGUGCGACCCAGAUGUGUGCGAACCAGAUGUGUGCGACCCAGAUGUGUCCGACCCAGAUGUGUGCGACCCAGAUGUGUGCGACUCAGAUGUGUGCGACCCAGAUGUGUCCGACCCAGAUGUGUGCGACCCAGAUGUGAGCGAACCAGAUGUGUGCAACCCAGAUGUGUCCGACCCAGAUGUGUGCGACCCAGAUGUGAGCAAACCAGAUGUGUGCGACCCAGAUGUGUGCGACCCAGAUGUGUCGGACCCAGAUGUGUGCGACCCAGAUGUGUGCGACCCAGAUGUGUGCGAACCAGAUGUGAGCGAACCAGAUGUGUGCGAACCAGAUGUGUGCGACCCAGAUGUUUCCGACCCAGAUGUGUCCGACCAAGAUGUGUGCGACCCAGAUGUGUGCGACCCAGAUGUGUGCGACCCAGAUGUGUGCGACCCAGAUGUGUGCGACCCAGAUGUGUCGGACCCAGAUGUGUGCGACCCAGAUGUGAGCGACCCAGAUGUGUGCGACCCAGAUGUGUCGGACCCAGAUGUGUGCGACCCAGAUGUGCGCGACCCAGAUGUGCGCGACCCAGAUGUGUGCGACCCAGAUGUGUCGGACCCAGAUGUGUGCGACCCAGAUGUGAGCGACCCAGAUGUGAGCGACCCAGAUGUGUCGGACCCAGAUGUGUGCGACCCAGAUGUGAGCGACCCAGAUGUGUCGGACCCAGAUGUGUGCGACCCAGAUUUGUGCGACCCAGAUGUGUGCGACCCAGAUGUGUCCGACCCAGAUGUGUGCGACCCAGAUGUGUGCGACCCAGAUGUUUCCGACCCAGAUGUGUCCGACCCAGAUGUGUGCGACCCAGAUGUGUGCGACCCAGAUGUGAGCAACCCAGAUGUGUCCGACCCAGAUGUGUGCGACCCAGAUGUGUGCGACCCAGAUGUGUGCGACCCAGAUGUGUGCGACCCAGAUGUGUCCGACCCAGAUGUGUGCGACCCAGAUGUGUGCGACCCAGAUGUUUCCGACCCAGAUGUGUCCGACCCAGAUGUGUGCGACCCAGAUGUGUGCGACCCAGAUGUGUGCGACCCAGAUGUGUGCGACCCAGAUGUGUGCGACCCAGAUGUGUGCGACCCAGAUGUGUGCGACCCAGAUGUGUGCGACCCAGAUGUGUCGGACCCAGAUGUGAGCGACCCAGAUGUGCGCGACCCAGAUGUGUGCGACCCAGAUGUGUGCGACCCAGAUGUGCGCGACCUAGAUGUGUGCGACCCAGAUGUGUCGGACCCAGAUGUGUCCGACCCAGCCAGAUGUGUGCGACCCAGAUAUGUGUCGGACCCAGAUGUGAGCGACCCAGAUGUGCGCGACCCAGAUGUGUGCGACCCAGAUGUGUGCGACCCAGAUGUGCGCGACCUAGAUGUGUGCGACCCAGAUGUGUCGGACCCAGAUGUGUCCGACCCAGCCAGAUGUGUGCGACCCAGAUAUGUGUCGGACCCAGAUGUGAGCGACCCAGAUGUGUGCGACCCAGAUGUGUGCGACCCAGAUGUGUGCGACCCAGAUGUGUCGGACCCAGAUGUGUGCGACCCAGAUGUGUGCGACCCAGAUGUUUCCGACCCAGAUGUGUCCGACCCAGAUGUGUGCGACCCAGAUGUGUGCGACCCAGAUGUGUGCGACCCAGAUGUGUGCGACCCAGAUGUGUGCGACCCAGAUGUGUGCGACCCAGAUGUGUCGGACCCAGAUGUGAGCGACCCAGAUGUGCGCGACCCAGAUGUGUGCGACCCAGAUGUGUGCGACCCAGAUGUGCGCGACCUAGAUGUGUGCGACCCAGAUGUGUGCAACCCAGAUGUGUGCGACCCAGAUUUGUGCGACCCAGAUGUGUGCGACCCAGAUGUGUCCGACCCAGAUGUGUGCGACCCAGAUGUGUGCGACCCAGAUGUGUGCGACCCAGAUGUGUGCGACCCAGAUGUGUGCGACCCAGAUGUGUGCGACCCAGAUGUGUGCGACCCAGAUGUGUGCGACCCAGAUGUGUGCGACCCAGAUGUGUCGGACCCAGAUGUGAGCGACCCAGAUGUGCGCGACCCAGAUGUGUGCGACCCAGAUGUGUGCGACCCAGAUCCAGAUGUGUGCGACCCAGAUGUGAGCGACCCAGAUGUGUGCGACCCAGAUGUGUGCGACCCAGAUGUGUGCGACCCAGAUGUGUCGGACCCAGAUGUGAGCGACCCAGAUGUGCGCGACCCAGAUGUGUGCGACCCAGAUGUGUGCGACCCAGAUCCAGAUGUGUGCGACCCAGAUGUGAGCGACCCAGAUGUGUGCGACCCAGAUGUGUGCGACCCAGAUGUGUGCGACCCAGAUGUGUCGGACCCAGAUGUGAGCGACCCAGAUGUGUGCGACCCAGCCAGAUGUGUGCGACCCAGCGACCCAGAUGUGUGCGACCCAGAUGUGUCGGACCCAGAUCGUGAACACAAACUGGUCUCUGUCUCUUUAAGAGCCGCGGUCACCGUGACGCAGACAGUCGCGCACAGACGCGCACCGGGAGCGAGGCUGCAGCGGAGGAGACUGCAGGAUGCCCCGCGCCAGAGCCUCCUCCUCACGGCCCGGGCCGCUCCCUCCCAGCCCCCUCCGUGCCCCGCGAUGAUGCCCCCCGCCGUGCCCCGGGGCCGCGGGGGCGCAGGCUGCUGUGCCGCGGGCUGUCAGGCGUUGCUGCUGGGGCUGUCCGCGUUGCUCAUCGUGGCCGAGAGAGGCGCUCUGAUCUACGUGAUGGGCUUCUACCUGUGGAACGAGGAGGUCCAGUGGUGCGCUCUGACUCUGGGUCUGUUCCUUCCUGGAUCCGCGCUGCAGCUGCUGAGCCUCAAGUGGUUCUAUGACGACGGUGACUCCCCCCUCCUCACCCUCACCCUCACCCACGUCCUGCACCUUGGCAUCCUCAGGAGGUCAGUCUCCCCCCCUCACCCUCAAGAGGUCAGUCUCCCCCUCCUCACCCUCAGGAGGUCAGUCUCCCCCCCUCACCCUCAGGAGGUCAGUCUCCCCCUCCUCACCCUCAGGAGGUCAGUCUCCCCCUCCUCACCCUCAAGACAGUCUCCCCCCCCUCACCCUCAGGAGGUCAGUCUCUCCCUCCUCACCCUCAGGAGGUCAGUCUCCCCCUCCUCACCCUCAGGAGGUCAGUCUCCCCCUCCUCACCCUCAAGAGGUCAGUCUCCCCCCCCUCACCCUCAGGAGGUCAGUCUCUCCCUCCUCACCCUCAGGAGGUCAGUCUCCCCCUCCUCACCCUCAGGAGGUCAGUCUCCCCCUCCUCAUCCUCAAGAGGUCAGUCUCCCCCUCCUCACCCUCAGGAGGUCAGUCUCCCCCCCUCACCCUUUGGAGGUCAGUCUCCCCCUCCUCACCCUCAGGAGGUCAGUCUCCCCCUCCUCACCCUCAGAAGGUCAGUCUCCCCCUCCUCACCCUCAGGAGGUCAGUCUCCCCUCCUCACCCUCAGGAGGUCAGUCUCCCCCCCUCACCCUCAGGAGGUCAGUCUCCCCCCCUCACCCUCAGGAGGUCAGUCUCCCCCCCUCACCCUCAGGAGGUCAGUCUCCCCCCCUCACCCUCAGGAGGUCAGUCUCCCCCCCUCACCCUCAGGAGGUCAGUCUCCCCCUCCUCACCCUCAGGAGGUCAGUCUCCCCUCCUCACCCUCAGGAGGUCAGUCUCCCCCCCUCACCCUCAGGAGGUCAGUCUCCCCCUCCUCACCCUCAAGAGGUCAGUCUCCCCCUCACCCUCAGGAGGUCAGUCUCCCCCUCCUCACCCUCAAGAGGUCAGUCUCGCCCCCUCACCCUCAGGAGGUCAGUCUCCCCCCCUCACCCUUUGGAGGUCAGUCUCCCCCUCCUCACCCUCAGGAGGUCAGUCUCCCCCUCCUCACCCUCAGGAGGUCAGUCUCCCCCUCCUCACCCUCAGGAGGUCAGUCUCCCCUCCUCACCCUCAGGAGGUCAGUCUCCCCCCCCUCACCCUCAGGAGGUCAGUCCCCCCCUCACCCUCAGGAGGUCAGUCUCCCCCUCCUCACCCUCAGGAGGUCAGUCUCCCCCCCUCACCCUCAGGAGGUCAGUCUCCCCCCCUCACCCUCAGGAGGUCAGUCUCCCCCCCUCACCCUCAGGAGGUCAGUCUCCCCCUCCUCACCCUCAGGAGGUCAGUCUCCCCCUCCUCACCCUCAGGAGGUCAGUCUCCCCCUCCUCACCUUCAGCUCUGCUCACAGCUGAUGUUGUGUUUGUCUCCCUCUGGUGGCAGGCUCUGGGACUGCGUGCGCUCCGUCCUCCUCAUGCAGGAGUCUGGAGCAGAGCUGGGCGCAGCAGUGAUGCAGCAGGCGGACGUGGCUGCGCUGUGGCUCCUGGAGGCCCUGGUCCUCACCCUCCCACAGAGCCUCCUGCAGGCUUAUGUCCUGGUCUCUACUGAUGUGGGCCUCAUGUCUCCUGUGGCUCUGUCCUGCGGCCUGUGCCUGCUGUCCCUGUCCUGGGCCCUGGUUCUCUUCAGCAGGGCGUGUUGUCUGAUCCGACCCGGGCACCUGGCCAUGCCGCCCGCCGCCCUGCUCUGCCAGCUGCUCUGGAGGUUCGGGAUGAUCGCAGCCAGAGUCACAUGCCUCAUGUUCUUUGCACGGGUCUUCAGGUGGUGGGUCUGCGGCGUGGCAGGCUUCCACUGGCUGACCGCCUCCUUCUGGCUGGUGUCGCAGCAGCCUGACAUCUGCACGGGCCCCUGGUGCUGGAGGGCCUUCAACGCGGUGCUGGGGCUGGUGCACGUCUUCCUCUUCCUCAACGUGAAGGACGGCCCCUCGCGCUUCCGCAUGGCGAGCUUCUACGCCUUCAUGUUGGUGGAGAACGUCACUCUGGUCCUCGCGGCCUCUGACCUCUUCAGUGAAGUGUCCUGGGACAACAUGACCCUCCCCACGGCCGUGCUCAGCAGCUUCCUGAUCGGUACGUCUGGUUUUACCAUGUGUAAACUCUGGUCCAUGAUCAUCUCCUACAUGUACGUCUGGUCUUACCAUGUGUAA